AUGGAUGCGAUACCUUAUUUCGAGUGGCCCGAAGUUCCUGAGCCAACCCAACAAGCACGCACGCCAGUCUGCAAACAUUGGUCUUUCCUCGCUUUGCAUGGGCAUCGGAUAUGUCAAGGUUUUCGGGCUUGGUGGAACGUCGAAACCAUCAGUUCUACUCUAACGCCUCUGGUAGACCCGGCCUUUCUUUGUCGGAAUCUGUUUGCUACAGUCUUUCUAGAAUCCCAUUGCCAAGCUUUCCUAAUGGUCUCCAUGAGCCCUACGCGAACCACCAACAAAUGCCAAGCCUUUUUUGACCUCUAUUCCGCUAUUGUGAACAAAGGGCGGCGGUUGGUCAGGUGCCAGUACUUUACACAGAAUCCUUUCUGUUGGAACCAAAGCUUUCUCUCUGACAGCAUAUUUGAGCCGUCCUUGUUUGAAGGACCAUCAAGGUGGACAGUGUUCUAUUCUUCUUGGCCGUGUCCAAGCCUCUGGAAGCACCGGCUCAAGCGCUUACUGUUGACUCAUGUUUGGGCCUUGAGAAAUUCCCCAGUUUGA